GUAAUGUGAUUAAAAAUUGCUCUGUUCUCAGUUUGAUGUUGCUGUACGCAGAAAUGGCAUCGGGCAGUGCAUUUAAACAUCACCAGUAAAUAAUUAUAAAAACUGUAACUAAAAUGAUGCUGAAUUCAAUUCGUCACCGCUGCUUGUGAGUGGCCUUUGCAAACACAAACCCGAGAGCAGACCUAGUGACGCAACUCCCUUCCCCCACACAUCUGGAAAUCAGGAUGGAGCUACCCACGUCUCCCCUUGGCGGUGGGGAGUCCGAGAUGGACUUCUCCAUGAACGUUUGCAGCCCCGAGGCCAUGGCCUACUCGCUGUUUGAGGAGCGGGAACCCUCCCCACCUCCGCCAACCACCACAACCGCCACAGAGGCACCAGUACCCCCUCCCCCACCACUGCCACCUGUAACUGACAAGGUAACCGAUAACCAGACAGCAUCAGUGAUUAUGUCGGCCAUCCCAAUUGUGACUAUUCCGCAGACUACCAUGGUGACGCCGACGAUUAUUCAGGUCCAGCAGAUCCAGCAAGUGCCGCAGCAAAGGUUGACUUUGCAGCCGAUUCAGGCGCAGACGAUACAGGCGCAGACGAUACAGGCGCAGACAAUACAGGCGCAGACAAUACAGCCAGUGCAGCAAACUAUCACAUCACAGCAGCUGCAACAGCUGACCCUGCAGCAGCAGCUACAGCUGCAGCAGCAGUUGCAGCAGCAAGGACUGCGGUUACAGGGACAGCCACAGCUGGUAUUAACUCAGGCACAGAACCAGCCGAUACAGCAAGUGCAGUUACAACAGCAGCAACAAAUACGAGCUCAGCAGCAAUUGCUCCAGCGACAGCUGCUGGAGCAGCAGCAGAAGCAAGCGUUGAAGCUACAACAGCAACAACCUGUCAUGCAACAACUGCAGACUGUACAGCAGCAGUUGCAGCUAAGAAAGCAACAACUGCUGCAGUUGCAGCAAGCUCAGAUAGCACAGCAGGGUCAACAAAUACAAGUGCAACAGGGACCAGGGACACAGACAGGACAAAUACAACUCCAGCAGUUGCAACAGCAGCAGCAAAUACAACGGCAACAGCAGCAACAGCAGCAAAUACAGCAGCAACAGCAGCAACAGCAAAUACAGCAGCAACAACAACAAAUGAAGCAACAACUUCUGCAGCAGCAACAGCAGCAGAUGCAACAGCAGCAGCAACUUUUACAGAAAGGGGGCAUACACAUACCCUUGACACAUCCUAGGGUUGUGGAGCCUUUCUACCACUCGGGACCCUCUACCAUUCCAGCGUGA